UAAUUCCAACAUUCCCUUCGUAUCAUAAUCAUAACUAAUAAUAAUUCACCAAUGCUGCAAAUUCAUAACAAUAACAAAUAUGACCGAUGCCAAACCAAACUACAAAAACACAAAUUUCCUAUAAACGAUCACGUAGAUAUACUAAUCGAAAUAUUACAAUUGUUGGAUGGUAAGUCAUUAGGCAUGGCCGCAUGUGUCUGCAAACAAUGGUGUUCCAUUGUUCGCAACGAUUCAUUAUGGGAACAUUUAUGUUUCAAAAACUUGUCUCCCCCUCGUGUUCGUUCAGUUGUUGUGGCACUUGGCGGGUAUCGAAGACUCUACAUGGUUUGUAUACGUCCCGUGGUAAGUAGACUCAAGAUAAGGAGAGUUGGUGAGUCUUUGUUGUGGAACCGAAACGAGGUGGAAGUAUUAUUGUCUUUGUUUUGUGUCGAGUAUUAUGAGAGAUUGUUGGAGGGUGGGGUGAUCGGAUACGAGUCGCAAGAAAAGUCACUCAAGUUUCUAUGCGAGGCUGUGAAUGUUGUUGGUACGUAAGAAACUUGAAUAUGAUGUUAAUUUUUUUUUUUUUUUGAAAAGUGAAUAUGAUGUUAAUUAAUUAGGCUUUUAUUUUAAUUUUCUAGCUUGGUUCAAUGAUUAUUUUUGUCAAUCUUAAUAAUUGUUAUUUAUAUAGUCCACCUCUUAUAAGA